AAGCCUAGAAAAUUGAGAGAGAGAGAGAGAGAGAGAGAGAGAGAGAGAGAGAGAGAGAAAUCAGUUGUUAAGAGCAUUUAUCAUAUCUUGCUUCCCAGAAACCUCUUAUUCCUCCCAUGGCAGCUGAUGCAGGAGGGUCCAAGUCUUCAGACUCCUCAGGAAAUAAUAAUCUCAAGAUUAUAGUGGAAAAGAACCCAUCACAGUCACGACUAUCAGAGCUGCGAAUCCAUUCCUGGCCCAAAUGGGCAUGCUCUCCGGGGAAGUUCCAGCUGAAGUUUGAUGCAGAAGAGACGUGUUAUCUGCUGAAGGGAAGAGUGAAGGCAUACCCAAAGGGGUGCUCAGCCUCAGAGUGUGUGGAGUUUGGGGCAGGAGAUCUUGUCACCAUCCCGCAGGGCCUUAGUUGCACUUGGGAUGUCUCUGUUGCCGUUGACAAACACUACAAAUUUGACUCUCCUUCUUCCUCUUCUCCCUCUCCCUCUUCUUCAUCCUUUUAGCUAGCUACCAAGCUUUUCUCUUUUCUUACUUUUCAUCUUAAUUGAUUUUUCUGAUCAUCAUCGUCGUCCCAUAUAUGAUCAUCAUCUCCAUGCAUGUUAUUCGAUCCUUAAUCUUCCUUUGUUGAAUGUUAUUACUAAUUUUUACUUAUUAAUUUCUCUUUUAAUUA